UUCUCCUCUUGGCUGGGCUCAACUCUUUCGCCCCCAUCCCUUGCGUCUCGGAGCCAGGCACCAGCGGCUCUCGCCUGGCCACCUCCCCCUGAAGAGCCAUGUCCCAGCUGCUCCUCAGCGAUCUCACAGCGCUAGCCAAUGAAUCCAGACGGCGCUCACCAGAGGUCAAGACCGCAGCGGAUGCAGCACUAGCCAGCUUACGAGCCGACUUUGAUGGCACAUUGGCAAAGUGUAGGCGCGAUCCCCGGCGGAGUGCAGCGAGCGACGUUUAUGGCAGGGAAGCCUCCUUUGAUGCGGGCGCGACGCAGAUACUUGAGGAACAUCUGCUGCUGAGACCCAUUGUGCUGGCUUGCAAUGCAAAGGCUCACCUCAAGGUGGCAGGAUUGGGAGUGUCUCUGCUGCAGAGGAUAAUUGCUAUGAGAGUGGUUCCAGAGCCUGCAAUUGCACCGAUUGUAGAGCUGCUCUCUCCUCUCUCAGCCAAGGGAGACGUCGAGCUUCUGCUCAAGCUUCUUCAGACCUUUUCCGCCCUCCUCUUGGCCUAUCCUUCGAUUCAUGGCUCGCUACUCUCGUCCGUACUACACCUCUGCUUUCGUCUGCAGGACAGCAAAGUUCAGGUGGUCAGCUCCACUGCUGCUGCCACAGUGCGGCAGACUGUCAUGGUCGUCUUUGAAAAGGUUGCAGAGGAAGAUAGAGUGCUGGACGGUAUCAAGGAGGGUGGAGAGGACGCCGCUGUCGCUGCACCGUUGGCCGUACAGACCGUAGAGAUUCCAGCAGCAGAGACCGUCACUCUUUUUCCCUCCUCGGCAGACGCAUACAGUGUCCUCUCCGAUCUCAAUGGCCUCGCCCAAGAUGAGCCCGCAAAGUUUCUGCAGCUGUCUUCCCUGCCACGGACGUUCACUCUAGAGCUCAUCGAGUCGAUCCUCGUCAACCACGCAAGUCUUGUCAGAUCACAUCCUGAACUGCUCUUGACUCUUCGGAGAUCGACCUGCCCGAUGCUGAUCAGGGCGCUCAGCGAAAAGCUUUCUUUUCCCGUCACCCUCCGGUUCACUCGUCUGCUAUUCGCCCUGCUCAGGCAAUUUAGCUCAGAGCUGGUGGUAGAGGUCGAAAUCCUCGUCAGCAUACUGCUGCGCUUCAUGAGUUCUGAUCCCAAGCAUCCAACACCGAAGUGGCAGAGAAUCAUUGCAUUGGAAGUCACGAGGUCACUUUGUUCGGAAGGUGUCUUCCUUCGCAAUCUCUGGACCUGGUUCGAUGGCAAAGACUCGUCUGCAAGAGUCUUCACUACCCUUGUACAGACCUUGAAAGCGGUGAUCACGGAAGCCCCAGAAGCGAUUGGAGCUGAUCCUGCGUCAGAUGCAUAUGGGUCGCCACCUUCAAGUGCAAGGGCAAGCACAGACCGGCGGCAGAGCAGCACCUUCGGCUUAUAUGAGGCAGCCGCUGGGAUGGCCAACGCGGUUCUCAGCUCUACAGGUAGUGCGGACGUAUCUCAAAAUGCUACGCUGGGCCUCGCUUCAGCGCCUGGCAUCCAAUUUGUUGACCAGCUCGAGAAGGCAGAGCCGCCGCCUUCAUCUCCCACAUACGUCUACCUGCUAGCUUCGCAGUCGCUUGUACACCUCGCCCAGUCCCUGGCCCAAUCGGUCUUGCCGGCAUAUUCCUCUUUUGUCAACUCUCGCCCUCGACGAGCUGGCGUAGCACCGCCUCGCCUCGAGAUCGGGAGCCUCUCUAGCGAGACACAACAGGCAGAGGUCGUCACAGCUCAAGCAAUGGUCACUGUGGCCGCCAAGCCGAUGCGGACUGCCUUCUUCCUGCUCUUGUCGGCAAGGACAGAUGACGCAAUCUUCUGCGAGGUAUUGACCGCUGUGCGGAAUCUGACCAACACAUGCGGUGUGCUAGGCGUCGACAAAGCAAGAGACGGCUUCAUGAAUUCCCUGAUAAACCUUGCCGCUCCGACAGCCAUACUUAUAGCGAGCGAGGAAGGAAGUGACGACAGUAAGACAGUGCUGUCAGAACGAAAUCUAGCUGCCCUGAGAGUCUUGGCGCACGUCACAGUCUAUCUGUCGGGAUUGCUCGAUGAGCACUGGCUGCCGGUUCUCACCGGUAUCUGCGAGGCCGAGUACUUACUUCGGCGGGCAAUUGCAAAGCGUGCUGCUUCAGCACGGCGAGAUAGUUCAGCUAUGAGCAGAGAGUCAUCCGUCGUCACCAGUCCCUCCAAGCACAGUGUGGCCCCCUCGACGUUCCAGCCUGGCUUUUCAUUGGCUUCUCUGCCUCUAGACUCAAAGACGGGAAAGUUGCAGCUGCUGAGCGGGCUGGAUUACGAAGCGAUGCUCAAAGAAGUAGGAAGAUGCUUUGACAACUCCCUCGCCCUUGAUACCGCUGCCUUCCAAGCGUUUGGCGAAGCGCUAUGCACCCUGGUUGACGCUUUCUGCAAAGCCACUGCCGACGGGGAUGCUGGUACCGUCGCAUCGCCUGGCUCCAACAAGGCGCCGCUAUUGUUGCGCAUGAGCAAGGGAGGCAAUGCUGCAGUGACGGCGGCGUCGGUGGUUCUCGACAAUGCCAGGACAGUAGCUAGGCUAAAUAUGAAGCGGAUGGCGCUUUCUCCAGCUAAUCAAGGAUGGGACCGCCUCACGCAGCAACUGCUGAGCAUCUCUGCAGAUCCCUCGAUCAGAGCAGCGCUUCGCGUCCAGGCGGCCGAAGUAUUGGCAGAGAUGCUGUAUGAAGCUAUGGGCAUUCAAGCUACCACAAAGGACAGCAGCGGAUCCUCACAGUCGACCUCGGAGGCUGUCCGCAUCCAGCGGCAGAUCUUCACUCCGUUGCAUUCGCUGUCGGUCCUUGGGGGUAGCACAGCCCUGUCAGAUGUCGAUGUCCGUAAGGCUGGCACAGAGACGAUGCGGAAGAUCAUCGAGACAUACGGACAUGCCUUGAGGCUUGGCUGGGAGACGAUCUUCGAGGUGGCAAUCGCUGCUUGUGAUGGAUCGCAAGCCGCACCAGGGUCGAAGAUCGACGAAAGGCCUUCCCUACCUGGUCGACCUGCUGCUCAAUCUCUCGUCAAGUCGGCAUUUGCCAGCGUCCAGAUAGUCUGCUCUGACUUGCUCUCGGCCUUGAACCUUUCUCAGAUUGAGCUCAGCAUCCAGGCUCUACAAAGAUUCGCUGUCUCCGAUGACAUCAACGUUGCCCUCACGGCAGGUAGCGCCCUCUGGGGAAUCACCGCCGAACUUGCCAGCCGUUCGCCCACGGAUGGGACCUCGUCGGACCAAGAUAUCACCCAGCUUUGGCUCGCGCUCCUCUUUGCAUUCUGCGAGAUCGCAAAGGAUGCCAGACCAGAAGUCAGAGAUGCCGCAGUCUCCGGGCUGUUCCGUGUCCUGGCUUCACACGGAAGUGUACUGAGCCCUGAAGCCUGGUCGAGGACUCUGCGGGAGGUACUGUUCCCUCUUCUGGAGCAUUCGACGUCUUCGGCUCUUCGCGCUAGGCAAAAUGAGCAAACAGCGGCGGACGCGCAGCCGCCAAAAACGCCGGUAUCAGCGGCGAGGAACCGGAGAACUUCGUCGUCCAUGAGCAAUACUCUACCACCUCCAGCAGUUGCAAAGCAGUGGGAGGAGACCUGCGUGGUAGCCUUCCAGCAACUCGGAGGCGUUCUUGGUGACUUCCUACAGACACGUAUUCUUUCUGCGCCCGACGCUGGAGAGCUAUGGGGGGAGCUACUGGCAAAGGUGAAGGCUGCUUUCCUGACAGGUCCUGCGUCCAUCUCACAGUCCUCGAUGCGUGCUUUCGAGGCGAUGUUGAAGAGUCAGGCUGAGAAAGGGGAACAGAGCGCAAGCGAUGCUGCGAUGGCAGCUUGGCGUACAGCUUGGCAGACGUGGAAGGACAUCGGUGACGUUCUGCAUGACUCUGCUACAGUGUUCUCACAAGCGAAUCUUCUAGCGUACAUCGAGACCUUCAGACCGCUCUACAAAUUGCAGUCAGAACCAGUCGAGCUCGAGGCCAUCCCUCGACUUCACUUGGCCACAACGUACAGUGCCUCGCCGCAUACACUGAAUGAUGUUGACGAUCGGACACCUGUCCAAACGGCAAGUCGAGAGGCUCUUUUCGACCUCAAGGAAGUGCCCGAGCUGCCUUCUAAGCUCCUCACACACUUUGCAGACUGUAUCUCUCUUCCCUUUAGCGUUCCCGAGCAGGCUGAUGGCGACCCUCGAGCCAAGCAGUCCUCGUAUAUUGCUCUCCACAAGUCUGCCGUGCAAGAUGCGCUAGAGCUGUACAGCAAGUGGGACACAACGGCGGACAUAUACGCUUCCGGUGCUCUGAAUAGUCUGCUUGCUGCUCUUUUGAUUCCCAUCAAGUUGCGCUACGACUGCCCUCCUCCUAGUCGACGCGUUGUCGAGGACGGCGCGGCUGCGCCUCGCGCUCUUUGGCAAGAAGCCACGUUGGCUGUGUGCAGGAUCACUGAAAGGUGCUGCAGGUAUUUGCAGAGCGAAUUAGUUCAGUUGGAAGAAGGCCACGUCCAGGAUCUCUGGAGACAUCUUCUUGCCACCUAUCAAGCGGCCCUCGAAGCCGACUGCUCGCACCUGACCGAGCUCGAUGCUGCUGACCCUCACCGGCUUGAUGACCAAGCAUACGACCUUCUGCUGCUCUCUACCUUUGAGGUCAACAUCUGGCCUAUACUAGGUGACAGGAAGACCCCAUCUGCACUAAUUGAGCAGUUCGCUACUGUUCUGGCGCGCGCCAGCCGACUCUACGACGACAGCGCUGUUCAACGUGGGCCUCCGCCUGCUUCACAGGCCUGGUCUGCUAAGGCGAUCGCGGGAGCGGACGAUGUGAGCCCGUCUCUGAAGGGCGGAACCGUUCUCGAGCUACCGCCCUCCCCUCGGGAACUCUUCUCUUUCGCCUGCCUCGACUUGAUGUUUCUCAUCUGCUCUGAUCGCGGUGCGGCGUCGAAGAGCGAAGAUCAAGAGGCAAAGCAGCGGUACCAUCGAGUGGCUGCUCUGUCCUUACCAUACCUGCUGCGUCGAGCUGCCGCCGCUGUGCAGGCCUACACGGCCGAUGGACUACUGCAAGGCGGAGCGCCUUUCCCGCGUAUAAGAGAAGAGGAGAUGUACGUCAUCCUGACGCAUCUGCUAGACCUCCGGCUGAUUCCGUCGACGCUCGCAGCGGCUACAGCUAGUGACCCUUCUGCUGCCGUUUCGGCACUUUACUCCAGCUCAUCUGAGCAAGGAGAAGGACGGGGAGAAGAGCUGACGCUCAAGACCCUCUCACAGCGCUCCCCCCGCGCCCACCUCUUCACCCUGCACGCGCAACUCUGCUCCAUUCUCUCCCUCCCAGGCGAGCUCUCUUCGUUUCGUGUUGGAACUUCCAGCGUGGGCACCACCCUCGUCGCCCCUCCCGAGUUGGAGCGCAGUAUACCUCGAGCGCCUGCUGGAUUUGAGUAUGGUGGACUCAUUGGAAGGGAGGCGAAUGUGCUCGGUAGUGUGAGGCUGGAACGCGAUCAGCCGAUGAAGGCGGUUGAGCUCGCGAGGGCAUGUUUGGCUGUUGUUAGCGGGGCUUUCUGAGGAAACCUUGUAAGGGGGAGGAUAUUCUCCCUUUUGUCAUUAUUGUCAUUGCCUUCUGUAAAUAGACCUUAGCUGCACCUUCACAAGUCCCAAUCCAAAUCAGCAUCCUCAUCCUCCUGACUCCUCACACUCGGUCUCUGGUACUUUCGAUUGUUUCCGCCAAAGCCCUCGUCUUCGUCUUCCACUUCUGCG